GCUGCGAGCUGCAUUGGAGAAUUUAUUGUUGGAAGAAUUAAUCCCCAAAGAGACUGAAGUGAGUUUCAGGAUGGCGAAAGAGGAGCCCUCAAGUACCUCAAGGGACUUGCAGGAGUUGCAGAGGAAGCUGUCUCUGCUGAUAGAGUCCUUCCAGAAUAACCCAAAGCUGCCCCAGCCUAGGAGGAACUCACUGGGCUCUGAUGAUGGAGUGCCUAAGCUGGGCAGCCCCAGCUCAGAGGUGGUAGCCUUUGUAAAGUCUCCAGUGGGUCAGUACUUGGACAGACAUCCUUUUCUGGCCCUCACCUUGCUGGUGUUCAUUGCCAUGUCGACUGUUCCCAUUGGGUUCUUCUUGCUUCUUGUGGUGAUUACCUCCUUGACUGCGCUGGUGGGGGUCAUACUACUGGAAGGAUUGGUCAUCUCUGUGGGUGGCCUUUUACUGCUCUGUGUCCUCUGUGGCUUGGGCUUCGUGUCAGUCGCCAUGUCGGGGACCAUCAUAGCAUCCUACGUGGUAAUCUCCAGCCUCUUCAACUACUGGUUUCCUCCCAGACCACCGACACAGCAAAACCCCAGUGAUGACUGUCAGCUGGCUACGAAUUCCUCAGACUUUGAGGGCAUCUACCAGGAAUGACCGGCUGAACGGAACUAGAGCUUCCUUUCAAACAUCUCUGAAAAGCUGUUGUUAUGACUCAGAGAAGGAGGCUGGAUAGUCAGGCAUUCCUUCCUUGGAUGUGUCCUCUAGCUUUUUCACUUAUGUUUGUAGGAUCCUGCAGUGGCCAAUUUGGGGAUCGUGUUGCUCGUGUUGGUUCUGUUGGCUGACACACCCUCACGUGAAGAAUCAGCAGAGGAACGUAAUAGCUUAACAGCCUCUCACCCUCCUCUUCCCAGGUAUGCAGGCUUGACCUUGGCACAGUCCUCAGCUUCUAGAGCCUGGCCUCUUGGAGCUUGUGUCCAAAGGCCCAGUUGGGAGCAACAGUGGAUUGUUUCUAGUUUUUUGUUUUCAGAAAUGCGGGAAACUUUAAUUUUCCACUCAUUUGAAAUAAGUGGUGAAAAAAAAUCCAAAACAGAACAAGCUCUUCUGUGUUUUUCAUAUUUUAUCAGAAAGAACAGCAACAUUUAAGAAUAAUGGCCUCUCAAAGUUGGAAAAUAGAGUUCAAACAUAACUUUGUGGCCAAGAGUCUUUUUGAAAGAGUCUAAAGGUAUAGUUUAUACUGUUACUGUUGAGUCCUGUUAAGUGCUAUUAACCUUUUAAAUAUUUGCACUUGAUACUUUUAUAUUGUUUUAAAGAAUUUGUCCUGUUAAGGCAUUUAUUCAAGAAAAAUACUAAAGGACUACCAAAU